UGUGGACGUUCCCUUAGUUUUGACAGUCAUAUCAGUGUCUUCCAGACACGAUCAUAAAAUGAUGGAAAAUGAAGAAUAAUUACUAUUUUUAAUUUUAAAAAACAAUUCGAAAAGGCUUUUAAAGAAAAUAGACAUUAAAUUAUUAUACUUAAUAUCAUUUUGUUUUAUUAGGAUUAAAACAUUUGUUUAAAAAUGAACUAAGUGAUGUUUACCGGUGACGCCCUUUAUCCUUAAUUUAUUAAAAUUUAGUUGCUCUUUUUUAUUUGUAAAAAUUAAUUCCAUCGGGAUAAAAUUUAAGAGACUGGUUUUUAUUUAAAUGCUAUUGGAAAAUUGGUAAAAAUGGACAAUAAAGGUCGAAAAGUCAUUGUUUGCGACAACGGAACUGGGUUUGUAAAAUGUGGAUAUGCUGGAGCAAAUUUUCCAGCUCAUAUAUUUCCCUCAAUAGUAGGAAGGCCAAUUAUUAGAGCAACUAAUAAAAUUGGUGAUAUCGAUGUAAAGCAAGAUCAUAGUAUUCAUGAUUUAAUGGUUGGCGAUGAGGCAAGUAAACUUCGAUCAAUGUUGGAAAUCAGUUACCCCAUGCAAAAUGGUAUUGUCAGAAAUUGGGAAGACAUGUGUCACGUUUGGGAUUACACAUUUGGAAAGGAAAAGAUGAAUAUCAAUCCCAGGGAAUGUAAAAUUCUUCUCACUGAACCACCCAUGAAUCCUACCACUAAUCGAGAGAAGAUGAUUGAAGUUAUGUUUGAAAAAUAUGGCUUUGCUGGAGCAUACAUCGCCAUACAAGCGGUACUCACAUUGUACGCUCAAGGAUUAAUUAGUGGAGUUGUGGUGGAUUCGGGAGAUGGAGUAACACACAUAUGCCCCGUCUAUGAAGAAUAUGCGUUGCCGCAUUUAACAAGAAGACUGGAUAUUGCAGGACGGGAUAUUACAAUGUACCUUAUUAAACUGCUGCUUUUGCGCGGUUAUGCAUUUAAUCAUUCCGCGGAUUUCGAGACGGUGAGAAUGAUGAAGGAGAAAUUAUGUUACAUAAGUUACAAUUUGGAAACGGAGGAGAAACUGGCGCUUGAGACGACAGUUUUGGUUGAGUCAUAUACAUUGCCAGAUGGACGAGUUAUAAAAGUUGGCGGAGAAAGAUUCGCAGCACCGGAAGCACUUUUCCAACCGCAUCUCAUCAAUGUUGAGGCGCAGGGCAUUGCUGAGCUCGUCUUCAGUACAAUACAAGCAGCCGACAUAGACAUGAGAAGUGAAUUGUACAAACACAUUGUACUAAGUGGCGGCAGCACGAUGUAUCCUGGUUUGCCAUCUAGACUCGAACGCGAAAUAAAACAACUUUAUCUCGAGCGAGUAUUAAAGAACGACACAUCUACACUUAAUAAAUUCAAGAUUAAAAUCGAGGAUUCGCCUAGGAGAAAGGACAUGGUGUUCAUGGGGGGAGCAGUAUUAGCAGAAAUAACUAAAGAUCGCGAUGCCGUUUGGAUGCUUCGAGAGGAAUAUGAAGAAAAAGGAUUGAACGUUUUAAAAAAGUUAGGACGCUACGAAUCUUAACAAAUUGAAAGAUUGCCUUUCAAACAUUAUUAAAAACCACUUCAUCUUCCUUAUUUAUUAAUUACAAGGCAAAUAAUAUGAAGAGUGUAAAAAUUACAAUUUUAUAAUUAAUAAUAGCAAACAGGAAGAAAACAGCAAUUGUCUCCGUGCAAAAUUAAUUACAAAUAUAUUAGUUUAUAAGUAAAGUGAUCAAACUCAGCAUUUGAUAGAUUAAUGUCUAGAUUCAUUUUUUUAUUCUAAUAAAAAAUAUCAACUAGAUAAUUGUGUUCAUUUUGACAGUUGAAAAUAAUGUACCAUGAUUAAUUUAGAAAAACUAUUCGCAUUUAGAAGCAUUUUUUACAAUACAAUUUUUUAUUUCCCAAGAAAUUUAGUUACGUAAGAUUUUUAAUUUAAAAUUAAAAAUUUGUAUACACUUCCAUUGUAUAAUGUAUAAUGAGGUUAAUUAUUAAAAUUUUAACCGCAUCAAAAAUGAUAAUUCAAUCAUAAAAAUAUGUUCUUUAUUAACUUUGUAUAUUUUAAUUUAAUAAUAGUAAAUUUAAAAAUGUAA